UUCUUCCUCCCAUCUUCAUUUCCUUUUAAACCCUACAACCUCUCAUCACUCUACCUUCACAACAACAGUCCCUCUCUUUUCCCUCGAACAAAAGAAAGAGAAAAAGAGCUUCGAAUUUCAAUGGCGGCUAAUGAAACUCAAGGUCCUCCCCGGGAUCAACAAUCUUUACUCCCAGACUAUCCUCAGAUGAUUUUGGAUGCCAUAGACGCAUUGAACGAGAAAGCCGGGUCGAAUAAGUCAACAAUAGCGAAGCACAUCGAGUCGACUCACUCGGAUCUCCCAGCGGCUCACGCCACUGUACUCUCCCACCACCUCAACAAGAUGAAAAACGGCGGUCAAAUCGUGAUGGUAAAGAACAAUUACAUGAGGCCCGACCCCAAUGCUCCACCCAAGCGUGGCCGUGGCCGUCCUCCUAAGCCCAAAACUCCCCUUCCACCCGGCGCCGUCGUCUCUCCGCCUAGACCACGUGGUCGUCCUCCCAAAGACCCGUCUGCUUCGCCUAAGCCCAAGACCCCCGUCAGCACCGGACGGCCACGCGGACGCCCCCCGAAGAUUGCUAAAGCAACACCGGCGAUCGCCCCUCCACCACCUGGAGUUAAGCGAGGCCGCGGUCGACCGCCGAAGGUGUAACCCCACGGUGGCUUCUCAAGUAAAGCGCUGGAGCUUAAAGUAAAAGGCGAAGUUAGCAUGACUUCAUCUUUUAGUUCUCUUCUCCACUGAUCGAUUCUUUAGGCCUUUUCUUCUUCAAUUUUAAUUAUUUUUUGGGUUUGAAAUCAACGUGGGAACUGGGAAAAAAAGUAUUGUUAUCUAUUGAAACAGGGUUUAGAUUUGUAGCUUAACUCGUGAUUUGCAUGUAAAUCAGUGAUGUUGUAUUUUUUGCCUG